AUGUCAUCACUGCGUUUCGUACCACAAUGUAGUAAACCAUCCGUGGACGUUCUACAACGAUUCCGCGAUGUUCUAGCGUCCGUCAACCGAUUCCUUGUUCUGACUGGUGCUGGAAUCUCGACAGAAUCUGGUGAUGACCUGUUCCGUAUUAAUUCACGUAUACCCGACUAUCGCUCCGAGAAAGUGGGUCAAUACGCUCGCUCGAAUCACCGACCAAUGGAUCAUUCGACUUUUAUGAAAUCCGAAAAAGCUAGACAACGCUAUUGGUCAAGGAAUGCGAUUGCAUGGCCGCUUUUCUCCAAGUCGGAGCCGAAUGCAACGCAUUAUCAAAUUGCGAAAUGGGAAAUGUCAGAUAGGGUGCGUGAGAUACUUUUGCAUAAUGAUAGUCGAAUGACUAUCAGCCAAUUCAAGUGUAUUUUACUAGAUUCGAUAGCAAUAACUGUCCUCACCGAACGUUGUAUUCUUUACAAAAACCGAUUCCCAAAAAGCUGUAUCACAUGA